AUGGAUCUCGAAGAAGAUAAACGAUUUUAUACUUCAAAUCUCAAUACACAUAGUAGUAUCUAUGACUCGAUUUUAUCAUCACCAGUAACAAUGCAACAACAAUCAAUCGUGAAAAAACAGAAAAAAUGUCACGGUAACUUGAAAGAACAACGUAUACGACGACGAAAGCUUAAACAGACAUCAAAUAAUCAAAGAGUGGAAGAUUCGAAUCAUGAAAAUUGUAAUGUGUUAAAUUUACAGUUAAACUCUUCUAAUAUCGAAGCCAAUACAGCAAAUGAUAAUAGAAGUUGGUUUAUUACUACAGCAGAGGUUUCAACUACAUAUGACGGAAAUAUUACUAAAAAACGAAAAAAACUUCCAAUACAACAAGGAACAAUUACGACAGCAACCAGAACACUCUCUGAAAUAUCUAUUUCAGAACCAUCAAAAAAAAAACAGAAGAAAGACAAACGAAAAUUACGGACAACUAAUAAGCAGAAUGAUCAUUUUUUUGGCAAGAUUUACAAAAAAUCGAAAUAUCUAAAAGUUAAAUCAUUUGUUCUUGUUCGAACAUUACGAUUACAUCUUAAACAUCUAUUACAGACAUCAAAUGAACGAAAAUUUGUUCUUACUCGAUUAAAAUUGCUCGAUGAACAAUAUUGUGUUACACUUUGGCAGGAUCUAUGGCAAUUUUAUUUUGAUUUUGGAAUAAAACAUUCAAUCUGGCCGGAAUCGGUAACAUUAAAAGUUAAAAUAAGAAAUGGUGACCAAAUAAAAAGUUUAAUCAUGAAUUAUUUACAUGAAAUCGAAAACAAUCUUCAGCAAUGCCAUGAGAAAUUGACUAGUCAAAUGUUUCGUCGUCCAUCAACAUUAUCAUUUGAAACAAUAGAUAGUUCUCUAAAAGAAUUUGUCUAUCUUCAUCAAAAACGAUUUACGAAAAAAAUUAAUUGUCAAAAAGUUAAGUUAACAGCGAAGUUACAUGAUAAUCAACUAUGGCAACAACUUUCAUCAUAUCAAAUGACUAUUGAACAACUUGAAGGAAUCGAACGACUUAUUUCUAUCCAACACGAACAAAUGCAAAUAUAUGAAGAGUUACUUAUGUUAGAACAACGAAUUCUAUGUAGAUUCUUAUCUAAAUCAUUCGAUGAUAUUUCUACUCAUCAAAUCAAUUCAAUCGAAAAUAAUAAUAACUCAGAUUUAAUAAUGAAAGAAAGAAAAUUACAACAAAUUAAACGAAAUAUGCUUAAUGAUUGUAUUCAUAGCUAUGAACAAAAGAUUCUUCUUAUCGAACAACAAUAUCAACAAGAACUAACUACAUUUGAGAACAUCAGCUCGAUCAACAAUACUCAAGAUUACAAAAUGUCUUUAAUGAUUUCACUCAAAGCUUUUUUAGAAAAUCGGAUUUUUGAGAUGAAACAUUCGUGUCGUUUUAAGAUGACUUUAUUUCGUAGCAAACUUUUUCGUCGUCGUAGUCGUUUAUUAUCUACUAAAAAUAAAAUUACUGACGUAUAUCCACAAACUAUUAUCGAUGUAUCUAAUCUUCCGUUCAAUGAUGAAGAAUUAUCAUAUAUUUCAAGAACAGGUUCAUUUUAUAAAAAUGCUAAGAUUUAUAUUCGACCGAAUCAAAGUGCUCUACGUCCUUAUCCACAACGACUUCUUCGAGUACAACAAGAUCAUGAUUAUCUAAUGAAACAAAUAGUGCAUUAUCUUAGCGGCUAUUGUUAUAUACCAUCCAAUGCAAAUGUAAUUAAGCAAUUAUCUAACCAAUUGAAAGAUCGUUUAACUUUUCGACACAUGUCAGCCAUACCUAUUUUUGAUGAUAUACGUGCACAUCGUGAGCUUCAUCUCGUCCAAACUAUUCGACGAAAGCUUAAAAAAGCAAAGCUUGUUCUUCGUCCAACAGAUAAAAGUGGUGUUUUUCAUAUUGGUUCACUUAGUGAUUAUGAGCGCAAGAUCGCAGAAUAUCAAACAAAGACAAGAGCAUAUAUCGAAUUAUCGGAAAAUCCAUUAUCAGACAUUUUAAAUAAAGUAACUCAUUUACUUAAUGAAUUACUUUCUAAAAAGCAAAUUACCGUCAAAAAACAUUAUGGUAAAAUGAUGCCUGAUCGAAACAAAGUGGAAUUAUCACAUAUGUAUUAUCUUCCAAAAGUGCACAAACCAGCUACACCACUUCGUCCAAUAAUGAACACAAUGAAAGCACCAACCACUGGUAUUUCACGAUUCUUAGAUCAAUUGAUUCGCCCAUUGUUUUACAAACAUGUUCGAUCAACUACCAUUUUUGACGGUAGUGAUCUUAUUCAUCGGCUCAUUGAUUAUGUAGCUAGAGGACGUCUCAAAUCUUCAACAUUGUUCUGUACAUUCGAUAUUAUUGAUCUCUACACAAUGUUGCCACAAGAAGAAUCAUUAAAUGUUCUGUGUGAAUUCCUUAUCGAACAUGGUUAUAAGAAGAUUGAUGGUAUUCCAAUAGAUGCCAUACGAAGACUAGCUCGUUUAGUAUUAACAGAAAAUGUAUUCGUUGAUGGUUCAAAAAUUUACCGACAAAUCUUAGGUGGAGCAAUGGGAUCACCUUUUACACUCACUUUAGCAAAUAUAUUCAUGUGGAAAUGGGAAAAAAACCUUCUAUCGCAACUAUCUGAUGCUAUAGAAAUAUACGGCCGGUACAUUGAUGAUGUCUUCUUUACAACAAAUAAAACCAAACAGGAAAUAGAACAAUUAUUACAACAUGCAAACAAUUAUCAUCCAAAUAUAAAACUAAACAGUAGCAUCGGAUUUAAUGCGACAUUUCUGGAUGUUUACAUAGAAAACAAACAAGGAAUGCUCAUAACAUCUGUACAUCACAAAGAAUCAGCCGAACCUUAUAUUACACCAUUCAAAUCAGAUCAUCCGAGACAUACAUUUGCAAAUAUUAUACAAGGACAAAUAACACGAGCAGCACGAUACUGUUCCAGUUUUGAAGAAUUUGAUAAAGAGCGUAGAAAUAUUCGUUUAACAUUACUUUACAACGGGUAA